CUUGUUCCUGUCCAGGCUAACGUUACCAGUACUUUCCUAUAUUUCGUGUCAUGAGAUAACCCACCAAAACUCGAACUUUUUUGUUUCUAAUCAACAAACAUAGCCUAUUCCUGGUUGCUUCUGUUUUUGUUUUUCAUUUCAGAAUAGGAACCAAUGGCUCAUUUGCUGACACCAACUCCUGCCACUGCUGCAACAGCUCUCUCCCCGAGAGCCCGAAAGAGCAAGAGCCCCCUCCAUUCUUGGAAAAAUGGUUACUUUCCAACUCCAAGAGUGUGCUGCGUUGGCCACCAAUCUCAACGAUCUCACACCUCUUCCAUCUCUUCUGAUCUUGAUCAAGUCCCUCCUCCCCUUGACAACCACUCUCUUCGUCGCAGGACAUUGAUGGGGUUGAGUGGUGCGGCAAUGUUGGGGUUGAGUUUGAGUGAUGAGCAAAGUGCAAGUGGCGCGGCAAGGCGUCCACCGCCUCCACCACCGACGGAGAAAAAGGACCCGAAUGUGAGUGGUGUUCAGGCUAAAGUAUUGGCUAGCAAGAGGAGAAAAGAAGCCAUGAAAGAAGAAGUGGCCAGGCUAAGAGAGAGAGGGAAGUCCGUUAAUAAACAGCAACCACCACCUCCUCCUCCUCCUGCAUCAGAAUAGUUUCCACAUGUUUAACCUUUCUAUUGUAAUCACUUACAAUUGGUUGAUAUUCUUGUUGUAUUACUAUCACUGUUCAAUUGAAUAAGACCGUUUAGCUUGACAGUUUUUUUGGAGUGAAA